AGAGAAAGGAGGAAGGAGGAUAUUGCUUUUCGUGAUGCUACAGUAGCUUAGGCCAGGAUGUAUCAGCUACAUUGACAUGGUGGGUGAUUCUGCUACAUCGCUCUGUAACAGCAUUCUGCCAGUCUGCAACAUCAUUCGGCUGCUCUGUUAGUAAAUGACAAGAGGGAGGAUGCUCCAAUAAAGGAAAGCAGAUUGAUGUGAGAGACAGGAAAAGGAGGAUUUGUAAAGAAGAGGACUAUGAAAUCUGGGUACCCACAUCCAGCAUCUCCAAAAUGAUGAAGACAGAGGGUAAGACUUCAGGAGGUGGGCCCAGAAGCUCAUCCCCACAUAGAAAUGCCUAUGAGGUUGGGGUGCAGGCGGUGCGCCCUGGCAAGGAUGGGAAUCCAGAGCCUGAAUCAGAGGAGGCCUGGAAAUCACGGUGCAAAUAUGGUUCAAAUGUCCAUCGUAUUAAAAACAUGUUCCUACAGAUGGGAACAGGUCCAGCAGGAGAGGCAGAAGCAGGACGGGUGAAAGAAAAGCCUUCACGGCUUACGUUGCCGCGGGCCGGCAGCCUGAAUGAGAAUGUCAACCACAGCGCCCUUUUAAAGCUAGGAACAAGUGUGUCAGAGAGGGUGAGCCGCUUUGAUACCCCUUCAGACAGACCUCCAUCCAAAUUGCAGGAGGCACGGCGUGUGUUUGAGCGGAACCUCCAAGAAAAAGAGACCACCAACCGGAUUUUCCUGCGCAAGGAGAGGGGUGGAUUCCAAGAUCGAAAAUUGGAUGUGGUGGUGAGAUUUGGUGGAAGUACAGAGUCACUUGACAAGUUAGACACAGAUGCUGUUUCUCCUACUGUCAGCCAGUUAAGUGCUGUCUUUGAAAAUGCAGACCUUCGAAACAACCUCCAUAAAAUCCCCAUCAAAGGUCCUAAUACUCGUCGCACUAGAAUCCUCCAGCCAGAGAAUAGCAAACCUGUAGAAGAGAAGAAGACUUUAGCAAAGGUAGUGGAUGUUACCCAAAAGGCACCCACUAUCCCGGAAAUAUGUAAAAUCAAACCAGUGGAGGUGGAAGAGAGUGGGGAGUCAGAAACAGAUGUGAUAAAAGACACAGAGGUAUCCAAAUUGGAGGUGACUGUCAGUGCUGGAACAGAGAAUGGGGGUUCAGAGGUCAAAGGGGUAAGUGUGAGAGAGGGAGAGUUCGAGAAAGAGGUAGAAGGAGAAGUAGCAGAGGAUGACUACAAGAGGGAAGACUGGUCUGAGGUGAUAGAGCUCAGCGCCUACAGUGGACUUGGGGAGGAUUCAGGAGGCAGUGGCUUGGAGGAAGAUGAGGAUGGGUUUUAUGAGGCAGUCACUGGUUGUCUUGAGAUCGAGGGCCUCUCUGAAGAAGAGGAGACAGCCCCUAGCAGGAAAAUACGAUUCAGCACGGCACCCAUUAAGGUAUUCAGCACAUAUUCUAAUGAGGAAUAUGACCGUCGUAAUGAUGAUGUAGAUCCCAUGGCAGCGUCUGCAGAAUAUGAGCUGGAGAAACGCGUGGAAAGGUUGGACCUGUUCCCUGUGGAGCUGGAAAAAGAUUCGGAAGGACUUGGCAUCAGUAUUAUUGGUAUGGGUGCAGGAGCUGACAUGGGGCUGGAGAAACUUGGUAUAUUUGUGAAGACAGUAACAGAGGGGGGAGCAGCUCACAGAGAUGGCAGAAUUGAGGUAAACGAUCUGCUGGUGGAAGUUGAUGGUACAAGUUUAGUUGGUGUCACUCAAUCCUUUGCUGCUUCUGUUCUGAGAAAUACAAAAGGUCGUGUCAGGUUCCUGAUUGGUCGUGAGAAGCCUGGGGAACAGAGUGAGGUGGCUCAGCUGAUUCAACAGACAUUGGAGCAGGAGAGAUGGCAGAGAGAAAGUAUGGAACAGAGAUACAAUCAGUGUAAUGAAGAAGAUGAAGAGACAGGAGAGUAUGCCACAGAUGAAGAAGAUGAAGAGAUGAGCCCCAUGUUCCCGGGUGGUGAGAUGGCUAUUGAAGUAUUUGAGCUGCCUGAAGGAGAGGACACACUUUCCCCAGUAGAUAUGGAUCCUGAGAAACUGGUGCACAAAUUUAAAGAGCUUCAGAUCAAACAUGCUGUCACAGAGGCUGAGAUUCAACAGCUAAAAAGAAAGCUGGCAGGCCUGGAGCAGGAGCGAUCUCGCUGGCGAGUGGAGAAAGUCCAGCUGCAACAGAGUGUCCAGGAGAACAGGGAGAGGGUGGAGAAGCUACAAGGGUACUGGAUGGAGGCACAAAGCUUGUGCCAAGCUGUGGAUGAGCACCUGAAGGAGACUCAAGCUCAACAUCAGGGACUGGAACGCAAAUACAGCAAGGCAAAGAGACUCAUCAAAGACUACCAACAAAAGGAGCAGGACUUCUUGAAGAAAGAGGAAAUGCAGAAGCAGUCAUUGGAGGAGGUGGAGACAGCGCAUGCAGCAGAAAUCCUGAGGCUGCAGGACAAGGUCUCAGAGUUGGAAAAAAAGCUCCUCACUCUUCAGUCUCCAAUCCUCCCAUAAAUCCAGUGUUAUAAAGGGUGGGAGUAUUGGGCAGGUGACUACACUUGCAGGAUGUCUCCGCACCCAGUGAAGGGACCACAGACACUUGCUUCCUUUCUGCUGCUCAUUUUUUGCCCCCAUUAUUGGGGGUUAGGAGUAUUAUUCACUGGGAUCUGAACUUAUGAUUAUGAUGCGCAAAGGCAUUUUUAAUGGACCUAACUGGGAUCUCAGCUGGAUGUGUGUUGACUGUGACUAAGUGGCCUGUGCUUUCUGGUUGCCACUUACUGCUCCAUGGCCUUUGUUUAGUGAUGGCCUUGUUAUGUCUAAGGGACCCUGGUGGCUCUUUAGAUUCUUGAUGGCCAAGUGGCUCUGGUAGAAUGUGCGGUGGCUGUGGCCCUGUGUCCUGGACUCUGCGUGUCUCUGUAAUGUGUCCGUGAUGGUGGUCUGUGUCUAUUAUUGCGCUAGAGAUCAUGAUGUGUGCCCCAUUCAUCUUACUAUCCCCUCCUGCUCCCUUGAAGGUCUACACCCUCCCUCUCUCAUACUCUUAUACUUUCUCAUACAUAGAGUGAUUGGCUGUUAAAAAUACAAGAGUCAAAGAAGUAAUGUCUGUGCACAGUGAGGUAAUAUAGCUGUGAAUGGUGUGUGUCUGAACAACAAGGCUUGCUGUUUGUGUACAUGAUGUAAUGUGUAUAUGAAAAGUCAAGCUUAAUCAAAAACACACACAUUUACACAGACACAAGUAACAUAAUGUAUAUACAUACAUAUACACACACACUCUUACAUGCGUACAUAUGUACAUACAUAUAGUCGAUUUGAUCCAGACUGUAAAUCUUAGAUACCAACAAGGUUAGGUAAACAAAAACGACUACCUGCAAAGUGACAUCUGAGCCCAUUAAGAAAUCACACGCACACAGCAAAGUGUCUGUAACAUUUUAACAUAUACUAGGUGUGUGUCUGAGGAGUUAGAUUAGGCAGUGUGUGUAUAUAUUAGUGUAGGGUGUGUACCUGCCCGAUGUAUAUAGCUCUGUUUAACUGAGAGCCAGACUUUGUCACUGACAUCACUACCUGCACCCAUACGGCUGAUGCCAACAUGGUAACGAUAUUAUGUCCUGGCAAGAAAUCUGCCUGUUGCCAUAUCCACUGCAGGCGACACACUCAUGUGGAGACUAUAGCAGAAAAUAUUGCAGUAAAUCAAGAAGGAAGAAAUAGGCAUACAUUUGACUUCUAUAAUUUAAAAUUUUAACUUUUCCCUAAAAUAGUGGGAAAUUUGUAUAUUUUGAACAUGGGACAUAGAGGGGGAGGGGUAAUACGAGGACCAAUCCAAGACUGUUUGAAUGGUUGAUGGGGGGGAGGGGGGAGUGAGUAAUAUAGUGCCAAAUUAAUAUCUGUUUAUUUAUUGCUCUGUUAUUGAGAAAACAGGAAUAUUGGAAAUUAUGUAUAAAUAUGUGACAUGGGUCCACUACGGGGAUGAAAACAAUCAAAACAUUUGUGCGAGUUAAUGGAUCAUGAACAAAAAAAAUCUUGGCAUUAAACUAAACCUAAUUCUG